CGUACUCGCACAGUCGCUGAUAGCAAAACCGACAGCACCUUCCCGAACAGGUGAAAGUAUUCUCUAGCAACUUUUCUCGUGAGUGCCGUUUCUUCAGAAACAACCCAGCUCGUGUUUUAAAACCCACAGACCGCCUUAAUUGUCCUUUUUUUGAAGAAUGGCAUCGUCUGCAAUGAUCACGGUCCCCACCACCGCCUCCCGCUUCGCCCUGCUCCAGAUAGACUCGGACUCGGACUCCGACGGCUCCGACACGGGGAAGACCACCACCAAAACCGGACGGGACGGGAAGCCUCGACAAGGAAAGGCAGGAGCAGCCGGGGGCAAAGCGGCUCAGUGCAACGACAAGAAGAAGGACAAGAAGAAGAAGAAGAGGGAACAGCAGCAGACCGAGGCAAACGAGUUACGCAAUCUGGCCUUCAAGAAGAUAGCUCAGAAGUCUUGUGCCCCGCCCCCCUGUAUGACACUGUCAGGAAUAGCUGGUGAACUUCUCAGUCCUGCAGCAGCAAACCACAAUAUGCCUCCAGAGGGGUGGCAGCAGUGGAAGAAGAAGGAUGAGCAGAUAACCUCUGAGCUUUAUGAGGCCGACUUGGAAAAGGCUUUAAUUCUAAGUAAACAAGAGUUUGAACAAAAGAAACCGCCCAACAACACAAACGCAUCCUCGCCAAAGUCUAGAGGAGGAAAAGAGGGCGCAGGGAAGAAGGACAAAAAGAAGAAUCAGCAGGCAAAAGAUAAAAAGACAGUUUCACUGCAGGACUUCCAGGCUGAUGGCAGUGCAGAACAUUUGAGUAAGAAACAAGAGAAAGAGGACGCCAGAGGGGCCAACCUAGCGUUGGGGACCGGGCAGGAGGAGCGUUUUUUCAACAAGGUCGAGGACGACGUCACUCGGAUUGUCCAACAGGAGAAGAAACGUGAGCAGUACACCAACAGCCACGGACAGGAAGUCAUCGCCACGACAGAACACGAACCGGAUCCCCGAGCAGAGCAGCUGAAGUACGACCUGGAGAAGAAAGACCAGGAAAUCGAAAAGCUAAAGAAGAACAUCUCACAGUGGGAGGGAAAAUACAAAGAGGUGAAAGCAAGAAAUUCCCAGCUGCUUAAGAUGCUCCAACAGGGAGAGAUGAAAGAUAAAGCAGAACUCCUUCUACAGGUAGAAGAGCUGCUACACAUAAAAGAAGAGCUGUCAGCAGAGGUAGCAUCACUACACGGUGCCCUUGAACAAGAACGGUCUAAAGUCAAAGGUCUGCAGUCAGACCAACUAAAACAUCAGGGAAACAAGAAAGGGAAGAAAGGCCCAGAGAUGGAUCUAUGAAGGGCCCAAAUGGCCACAAAAGUCAAA